AUGAAAAAGGCAAACUCAGAUCGCCGACCGGAAUCCAUGGAUAUGCUAUCGGAGUUGCCGAAAGAGAUCCUGCAGAGAAUUCUGUGUCUCCUCUCCCAAGAAGAAGCUGUCCGAACCUCCGUCUUGUCGAAACCCUGGCGCCACAUUUGGCGCACUCGCCCCAAUCUCGUUUUUUCCGACAACGACAAUUACUUCAGAGGUAAGGAACAAGAAUUUCUAUCCGUUGUCGACGAGACUUUACGAGGAUACCUCGAUCAAGGGUUGCGCUUGGAGGAGUUUCACCUUCACAUGUCGAACCAUGUGUCGGUUUCGCUUCUCGAUAAGUGGAUCCCGAAGUUCGAAUCCAUGGGCGUAAAUGAUUUUCGUCUUUACGUUCUUUCGAAAGAUGAAGUUGGUGGGAUGAUCGAUUUGCCGGUGGUUCUGAAAGCCGAGCCCCUAACGCUUUUGUGGCUGUAUAAUUGCGAUUUGGGCCGGAAUAUUCCCGAGAAGAUACCCUUUGUGCGUCUACAAGCACUCCGCCUCCAAAACGUCUCGAUCGAGCAAGAGAUUUUCGACAAGGUGAUAUCGAGCUGUGCUUUGCUUGCUAGUAUGUGGUUCCAAGAUUGUAUAGGGUUGACAACUAUAAAGUUGGAGACGAAGCUUCACAAACAUCUCAAGCAGUUCAUUUUUAUUAACGACGUCACUUAUCAAAAAGACGACUGCAGCAUCGAAAUCGAUGCCCCGACUCUCGAGAAAGUCAAGAUUUUCGGCAAUCUCCGGUGUUAUGCGUUGAUGCCCCGAACAUGGAGUAUUACGAAUACACGGGGCUCGUUAUUCCAUCCGUCUCUUUCGCCCCUUCUUCCGGGAGAUCGAAUUUGA